UUACAGCUGGUGUGUAGCACAUUUUUAAUAAUAUCGUUUCCAGUAUGACUGCCUUACUUCUUACACUGACGGUGUGCAUUUACGGAGCCGUGAUGGCAGCACCGUCACCACGUGCUCCCUCCAUUACCCCUCAUACCGCCCUGGAGGACGGUCACAAUGUCACCAUGGUGGUGAUCCCUCACGGUCAGUCCUACACGGUGCUGUGUGCCCCAUCAAAACCGGCAGUUACGACCACUGCCACAUCCGCAGGACGCCGGCGUCACCGGCGCAGGGCCGUGCGCAACCAACCCCGCCUUUCCAGUGCCACUAGUACCGCUCUCCCCGCUAAUAAUUCCACCAGCGAUCCCCGUCCCAUCGUUAUCCUGGAAAAGGCCAUGUAUACGAAAGCCCGCUGCCCAACCACGGAUGCAAUGAAUGAUGUGCAAAGAGUGUGUGCAUUCGGCGACAGCAGCUGUGUGAUCCGCGCCAAUGAUACAGCAACGCAAGCCGGUUGUCGACAGCGGCCACUGACGCUGAAAUACGCGUGUGACGUGCUCACGAUCCAUCCUAUGGUCUCGUACGGGAUGAUCGUUAACAACAUGUUCGACUGAGGAACCGCAGAGCCGGGUCCCUAACGACGUCUCCACAGGGAUUCUUGUGUUAUUGCACAUAGCACAAAAUUUCUUCUUUCCAUUAGACUGUCUUGAACUGCCUUUCGCUGUAGAAUUAAGCUAAUUGAAUUCUCCGCAACCAGUACUCAACGUUGGAUUUACAUGACAAUUACGUAGUGCUGUGAAUUAAGGGAAGUGGGCCGGUACACGGUACCAAAUUCAGACUCCAGAUUUUCAUGAUUUUUUUAAAUUUUAAAAUGAAGUUUAAAGUUUUUGAAAUUCAUUUUAAACUUCGAAAAACAUGCUAGAACAGUGGAUCGGUGUAAAAACGAUCUUCAUGGCCAGGUGCACUUACGUGCACAAUUUGAAAGAGAUCGGUCCAUAAUGAGACUUUGGAUACACCGGAAUGCGUUUAAACUUUUUUGAAUUUUCUAACAGCCAUAACUUCCGAACCGGAUGUUGCGCGCACAAACGGUUUUCACGCCAGUGUAUACAAAUCAUCUGGCUACAGAAUGUCAUAAAACGAAACAAAAAUGUGUUUGGGAGUGCGCGAAAGUGAACUGUUCGUGCAUCGAAUUUGCCAAUUUGGUACCAUGUACCGAAUUUGGUACAGUACCAUUUGGUACCACGAAUUUGGUACCAUACACCCACUUCCCUUAAGUCGUUCCGUGCUC